AUGUGGCUCCGAAGACCUUCCUUACCAGCUUCGAAGUCAACAUCAAGAUCAGCCACACCAAACCGUGGACCAUUGACCCCAUCAAUUGCACCUAGUUUAUCUGCUCCUCCUGGUCGAUCUACUUCAGCACCAAAGUCAGCACCCACAAAUUCGAGAAAUCUGUUAUCAUGUGGAAGUUCUUUAAAAACUAAAUCUAGGUCUUGGAAACCCUCUGAGAAGGCUGGUUUCUCCGCUGAGGCUCUACCACACUUAAGGACAUCAUUUCCAGAGAGGCCAGCUUCAGCCUCCAAGGAUAAGCCGGAAGCUCCAAGUGCUAGGUCAUCUUCUAUCAACUCUGUUUCAAGUGGGAAGACGAGAAAACAAUCAUGCUCUUCUUCUAGAGGGCGAGCUUCUCAUGGCAGUGCCUAUAGUAAUGGAAUCACCACUCAAGAGAAUAGUAGAUCAAGGGGAAAUGACAGCGAGAUAGAUAGCCCUGUGCUUAUUGGAACAAAGAUGGUUGAAAGAUUAGUAAACAUGAGGAAACUUGCACCACCAAAGCAAGAUGAUGGUCGCUUUACACAUAAUAAUCAAGGUAGUAAGUCCUUGUUCAGUGACAGUUCGGGCUUUGGAAGAACACUUUCAAAGAAGUCUCUGGAUAUGGCUUUGAGGCAUAUGGAUAUAGGACGAAGCAUCCAAUUAGACCUAUGCCCAGUUGCGACAAACAUUCCUGCUUCGUCUAUCUACAGUCUGAGAUCAAGACCCGCAAAAAUGACAGUUAGUGCUGUUGACUCUCCUCUUGCUACCAGCAGCAAUGCUAGUUCGGAGCCAAGUGCCAAAAAUCGAUCAUUUUGUUUAGAUGAGAGUGAAAUUGAAGACGAUCAUGAGCCAAGCAAGAGAGGAAAUUCCUCUCAUGGUAAGUGA